AUGCAACAUAGUCUGAACAAAGAACUCGAAGCAUCUUACGAAUCACACUCGAAAGCUUGGAACAAGCUAUACUACGCCAGAAUGCAUGACCGUCUACCUCGGGAGAUCCGAGACAUGAUAAAUGUCCAAUUCUGGGAUGAGGAAUAUUUGAAAGGCGGAGAGGGCUUUGAGGUAGCCAUGAGGGCAAAGGACGAACCUGGACUUGGCGAAGCAUGGUUACCUCAUCGUAUCCUGCGCAUCUCACACGUCGUUCUACCAGAAUACGUAGGAGAUGCAGCUGCAAAAGAGAACGUCCAUAUGUGGUACGAGAUCUACGCAGCUGAAACCUGCUACUGCAGCUGGCUGGUACUCGGCAGCCACAACCUAGGCGAAAACCUCACGACGGUGAUAUGCAAAGAUAACUUCCAGGUGGGGUUAGAUCCUUCCACUGCUCUCCGAGAGAUCACUAUCGAAGUUUCCGACACCUCUCUCGCGCUAGGCCACAAAGACUCCAACUUCAAAGACGCUACGUCGCGUCGAGAGGCGUUCAAUCUCCUUCUGCGCAUCAAGAAAAAAGCUGGAUUCAAGCUCAGUCUCACAAUACACCAAGAUUGCAUUCGUCUCAACAUGUGGCCUGAAAUCCUUGAGCUCCUGCGGCCCAUCGUCAAGGUGUUUGAGCAGGAAGGAGCCCACGUCAGUGUUAAGUCUGACUAUGAUCCUUCCGGCCCGCAUUGCAUUGACGUGGGCCCGGGUGUUAGCACCGAUCUCGCACACCUGGUCAGGAACUACGAUCCAGAAACUUGGAAGCAGAGCACGAAGCAGAGUCUGAUCGAUUACUAUGAAGAGGUGAGAUGGUUAUAA